CAAGACGCACAUAAACGCUGGAAAACGGAACGCAUCCGCACUGGGGAUUUGGAUCUGUGGUUGGUUUGUAGUUUCCGUCCACAGGAGCAGAACAGCAGCACUGUACAAACAGAAACAACGAGGUACUUGGUUCCUACAGCUUGCAGACUUGACCGACGCGCAGCCCAACACAGCGCAGCUCACCAUGGCUCUGGAUGGAUGUGGCGCCUUCUGCAAAUGUAUCCUCAUCUUUUUCAACGUCAUCUUCGCGCUGGUGGGGUUUGCCUGUCUGGGCCUGGGCCUGUGGCUGAGGUUCAGCGACAACACCAGAGUCAUCUUUACAAUACAUGACUUCGACUCAAGCACAUUUGUUGUGGGUGUGACAGUUCUGAUCAUACUCGGGUGUGUGAUGCUGUUUGUGGUGAUGGUUGGAGGUUAUGUCGCCUGCAGUGAGGAAAGAUGUGCUCUGAUAGUGUUCACUGCUCUUCUGGCCAUUCUGGCUUUAGCUGAAGUUGUCGUCGGAGUUCUCGUUUACACCAAGCGUUACGAGGUUGGAUCGAGGGCUGCAGAGUUCUACAGUUCCCUGUAUCUGCUGUAUAUAAAGGGUGAAGGUGACCCAGCCAUUGGUGUCGCUCUCAUGUUCAUCCACAACACGCUUCACUGCUGUGGAUUGACGGGGGUCCCGAUAAUAGAGGUGGCCCAACACACCUGCCCUGAUCCAGGGAGCUUCUCUGAGAUGUUCAUCAUGCCUACAUGUCCCGGGGUCAUCAGUGAAGUCUUUGACAGCAGAGCACCACUGGUGAUGGGGUUGUUCCUUGGAACUGCAGCUCUGCUGAUUACUGCCCUGGUCUGCUCCAUCGUCCUCCUGCAACAGAUCAAGAAAGUCAAUCAGACGAUCUCUUCAUACUAUUCCACCGUGUACUAAGAAGAUGCCGUUUUCAGCCUCACCAACGAAGAUCAUCUCUGGGAUUCAGGCUCAACCAACGAAUCUGUGUUUAAAGAUGUUCCUCUGUAUGUGAACUGUUAACUUUUGUUCAAAUGUGUUUUUUAUAUUCUAAAACAUACUGUGUGAGUUAUUGAGCUAUUGUGAGAGUUGCCUAGAAGGCGUCUGUUCCAGUUCUUAGAAAGCUGUUUUAGUACUAGUCAUUCACUGAGCCACUGUUUGUGUUAAAAUGUUUGUACAAAUAGAAAAGGGAAGGCUUUCUUUAACAUCCGUUUAAACAUUUCAUAAGCUUUUAUUCCAAGUUUAGUCAA